AUGAUUAUUUUCAUUAGUGCAAUCUUGUAUGUUGUAAAUUCUUUUGUUGGAGAUCUUACAUGUUCAAGUUAACUUACUCAAACCACUUGCGAGAAUCUUGGAUACUGCUUUUGGGAUGGUUCACUUUGUUAAAUCGAAGACUGCUAUAAAAUAGAUGAAAUAGCAGCAUGUAGAGCAACCGGGAUUCUACACACCCCUCCAACAGUUAUAUGCAAUGCAAUUGAAAUGGAUUCAUAUAACUAUCAAAUAUAUGCAAAUGUUUGUAAUGAACUGAGUGAUGAACCUAAUGAAUUGGUUUAACAUUAUAUUAGAUACUAAGAACCCAAAAGUGGAUAUCCUGACAAAAGUUCUGAUGGAGUCACUUUGGCUUUAUGGAAUACACUUUUCCCACAAUUUGGAUAUAUAGGAUAAAUCUACACAAUUUAAAUAUUAAAACAAACCAUGUUGUAAUUGGAUUAGACUCUGGACUUAUACGUCAGAUAUAGAUCUUUGUUUUUAUACGAUACUCAAUGGACAUACGAUCAAGAGAAAGCCAUAUCUUAUAUGUUUUAGCAAUUGAGAGAUGACACAACUUUAAUAAACACAAAUAAAAAACCGAUGAUUACAAAAUUAUGGUCUGUUGUAGAUAACUUGUUAGAAAGAUUUAGAAUAAUUGGUAAUAAUUAUACAGCUAUUUACCCUCUGUAUAGUAUAAGUUAAGUGUCCUUGUCAAGACUGCAAGCGGAAUUGUCGGGUCGCAAACAUCUAGCCACUUUCAAAUGGUCACAAUAUAUAUAGAAUGGAUACGUCCAGCUAUUGGGUUAUGACUUACAUUAGUUUGGGUUUGAAGGUUAGUUGACUUAAGUUUACGAAUUCAAUGUGUAUGAUUCAGGGCACAACCCAUUAGCUUUGACUUAUGGAAUCAUCUACACCUUUUCUUUUGAUGUAUCUACCUUACCUACCCUAUACCUCUAUUCAUUCAAUAAAGCCACUCUUCAAGAAACUUAAAUAAGAGCAUUGAUAAUAGGAGCCUUUGAUGAUUGUAGUUAUGAUUCAAUUACUUUAAAAUCUACUUGCAGGAUUUAUCCUUUAACAUCAAACACCUAAUAUUUCAUAGGUCCAUCGCUAACCGCUUGUGGGAGUAUUAGUAAGAGAUACCAAUGUAAAUAGCCUCGUUGUUUAUGGACAGGCUCAAUCUGCACAAAUAAUCCACCAUGA